AUGUUCAUCUUUGAUGUUCAUUUUCGAUGUUCGUUCAAUUCAACUUCGGCUUCGGCUUCGGCUUCGACCUUCGACCUUCAACCUUCAACCCCAAAACCUUCAACUGCAAGACCUAAGUUUUAUCCGAUAGUCGAUUACACCUUCAAAUCUUCUCGGUCGAUCUUCAGUUCUACACUCGCAGGUCCAGCAGCACGCGUAUCACUCUACGGGCACAUUGGUGACUUUUGGACAAUUUUAUGUGGAGGAAAAUUUCUUGGAAAUUUCAGGGAAAUGCACCUCUAUCAGAACAAGCACUAUUGGUACAGACUAGAGAGGAAAUCCUCUGUCACCUCUCGACCUGAUAACGUUAUCGCCUGGGACGGAACCGCUCCACCCAUUCCAGUCGUUACCCCACUCAAUGGGCUUUGUACGCCGUACUUUAUCAAGAAUAGAGGCAUGGUGUUCUUUCGCUCCAAAUACAGAAGCUACCGGGGUAGCGCUCAGAGACGUGAAAUCAGUUGGGGAAACAAUGUGCGAAUUGCUAUGAAAAAGAUUACAGGCAGUCCUCAGGAUGGUUAUAAGAAGGAUUUCAAGCAAGAGGACGGAGAUGAAGAAGACCGGGAUGGAGAGGAUGAAGAGGACGGGGAUGAAAAGGACGAGGAUGAAGAGGACGAGGAGCAAGAGUACGGAGAAGAUGAUGACGAAGAGUCAGACAACGACGAAGAUGUUGCCUACAGUGAAACUGAAGAGGAAGAAUCUCCCCAGGCGAAAACGACAGCUCGAGCUGCUGCAGGAUCCUCGAGAGCCUCAAAGUACGAUGAAAUUCUCAAGCAGCUUGAAGAACUCUCAAAGCAAGAUUCAAAGCAGAAGAGAGCAAAGCUUGCGACUGCGAAGAAAGCUUUCGAUGAGAGAAAGCUUGCUUUUGAGCGGGAUAAGCAAGCGUUCGAGCAAAGCACCCGAGCAAAGGAGGGGAUUUUUGCGAAACGAGAGCUGGCAAUCAUUGCAUCGGAGCAGCAGUCUAAAACACGUGAGGAGAAGGAGCUAGAUCUGCAGAAGAUCCACGCUAAGGUUUGGAAAUAUGAAAUGAUGGUGAAAAUUUGGGAGGAGAAAGUUAAGGAGAACGAGGAAGGGAUGCGGAAGAAGGAGAGUGCGUUGGAUGAGAAGUUGGCUGAGCUGGCUAACACGGUCAGUGGUCUGAGACAGGGCCUGAAAAGACCUAUGGAGGACAGCACUGAACUAGAUGUGAAGGUUGAAGAGGCAGCGAGACUGAAUCUCUUUGCGAUGCUGAGGAGUGGGAUCUGGCGCGAUGAUUUUUCUGAUUACACUCUCAAAAAUACUUACGGAGGUGGGGCCUCAGCGUGUUUACAAACGCGUACAUUACAAAUAUCUAUCAUUGCCUACCUACAGACUGCAAAGCAUUUAACUUACCCCUUUCCCUUGAUCGAUUUCCACCUUAGGGCUAUGGAAACUGGUACCUGGAUGUUGUUGAUCUCGAGGAGCACUGCCCACAGUACCGGUAGUAGGUAUCCGAAGAUGGGGAAUUCUCGCUCUCUCAGCAACAACAAUAACAACAACAUCAAUAUCAUGGCUGUCCAAGAAGAAGAUCCCGAGUCGCUAGCCCGUCGCAAUGAGCCGCCGACUGAGCAGACGGCGUUGCUUAGUGACCACCGAUCGGUCGCGAGUGAAGAUGAGCCGGAGCCCGGGAGCGGCCAUCGCCACGCGAGCUGGUGGUUGUGGCGAGGAUUUUGGCUCGUUCUUGGGGCUCUGAUUCUGGCGGUGUUUGUCAAGGGAUGGGUUGACGCUGGAGGAGAUGUGAAGUUUGACUUCAAGGGGGCGCUCAAGCGAGCCCUCGGAGGGGGGUUGAGUGGUGCCGCGGCGAUGGUCUUGCAGGUGUUACUUUUGAUGCCUCUACGGACGAUCAUGAACUAUCAGUAUCGAUUCGGGACCUCGUUCACUGCUGCCACAAGAACCCUUCGCCAAGAUGGGGGUUUUCCUCGCUACUACCAGGGCAUGAGCGCUGCACUUGUGCAAGGGCCCGUCUCUCGCUUUGGUGAUACAGCCGCUAAUGCGGGGAUUUUGGCGCUGCUGGCCUCCAACUCCUACCUAAAGGAUAUGCCUUCUCCAAUCAAGACCAUUUUUGUCUCACUUUGCGCCGCGUCGUUCCGCAUGAUCCUCACCCCCGUCGACACGCUCAAGACGACGCUUCAGGUCCAGGGCGCCCGCGGCACAACUCUUCUUCGUCAACGAAUCAAGACGAGUGGAGUGGGAAGUCUCUGGUGGGGAGCGUUCGCCACUGCUGCCGCUACCUUUGUUGGGAAUUACCCGUGGUUCGCAACGUACAACACCCUCAUGGACGUGAUCCCUGCGCCAUCGAAGGACUCCCUUUUUGUUUGGCUUCUCCGCCUCGCUUUCAUCGGUUUCGUCGCCUCUGUAGUCUCAGAUUCAGUGUCGAAUUCCUUGAGAGUCGUGAAGACAUAUCGCCAGGUCAACGACACUCAGGUAUCGUAUGCUGAGGCAGCAAGGCUCGUUAUCCGUCAAGACGGGAUUGCAGGGCUGUUUGGAAGAGGCCUUAAGACGAGGAUAUUGUGCAACGGCCUCCAGGGACUGCUAUUCUCGAUUCUGUGGAAGCUCUUUUUGGACCUCUGGGAAAAGAAAACCAGCUCCUGA